AUGGCAGCUACGCGACCUUCCACAUGGUUGAUCACGGGCGCCUCUUCAGGCUUCGGAAAGUCGCUAGCUCUAGCAGCUCUUAACGCGGGACAUAAAGUCCUCGGGGCCACUCGCAGCAUUCCCGACGCAGAAAGGUCGUUUCCCGAGUUUUCCACCAAAGGCGGUAUUUGGCUGAGCUUAGAUCCAGGCCAAAGGGAUUCCUACGAACAAUUUGCCGAGGUCUCGAGAGAGCACGAUGUCGACGUGCUCGUGAAUAGUGCAGGCUAUGCGUUUAUUGGCGGGGUUGAAGACACAGCGGAAGAGGAACUUCGUCAGCAGAUGGAGGUCAACUUCUACGGGCCCCUUCGCGCCGUUCGUGCCUGUUUGCCAGUCCUGCGGGCAAAGCGCUGUGGUAGCAUCGUUCUCAUCAGCAGUGGUGCUGGAUUCCAAGCUCUGCCCGGACGAAGUGCAUAUGCCUCCAGCAAGUUCGCGAUCGAGGCCAUGCACGAGUCGCUUCGCCAAGAGGUCAAGACCUUUGGCAUCAAGGUCCUCAUCGUGGAGCCGGGCGCAUUCCGUACUCCCUUCUCAUCUCGCCUCUUAACUCCGGCUCAGUAUGAGAGCACCGAUGGCUUCAGCCCGGAUUACAAAGGCACUGAUGUCGAGCGGAUGGUUAUGAUGACCAAAGGGUUGAACUCUAUCCCAGAUGCUAUCAAAGGAUGCCCUGAUAAGGCGGCGACGGAAAUACUCAAGGCUAUUGACGGUGGUCAUGAGUAUCUGCGCAUGAUCUUGGGGAAGGACUGUGUGAGGGCAAUGGAACAGAAGCUUGAAUCGUUGCAUAGUGACUUGGAGGCUACUAGGGCCAUUGCAUCGAAUGUGGACAUCGAUUGA